GGGGAGUGGCGUUAUAAGGCGUGGCCGGUCCACUUUGUCCCUUUCGUCAACAUCAUCGUCACAUUUCGCAUUAACUCUUUUCCUCCCCUUCUCUCUGCCAUUGCGGAGCCAAACCCAAGCAUGACCAGCUCCUCCGACUCCGCUCGUAAGGCUUUGAGUAAGAUUGCUUGCAAUCGGCUUCAGAAGGAACUGGUCGAGUGGCAGGUUAACCCUCCCGCUGGUUUUAAACACAAGGUUACCGAUAAUCUCCAGAGAUGGGUGAUUGAAGUCAACGGAGCUCCGGGAACUCUCUAUGCAAAUGAAACCUACCAGCUUCAGGUGGACUUCCCUGAGCAUUACCCAAUGGAAGCCCCACAGGUUAUAUUUCUGCAUCCAGCCCCUCUUCAUCCUCAUAUCUAUAGCAAUGGUCACAUUUGUCUAGAUAUUUUAUAUGAUUCAUGGUCGCCUGCAAUGACUGUAAGUUCUAUCUGUAUCAGCAUUCUCUCCAUGUUGUCGAGCUCGACAGCAAAGCAACGCCCUGACGAUAACGACCGUUAUGUAAAGAAUUGUAGGAAUGGAAGAUCCCCAAAAGAGACGAGGUGGUGGUUCCAUGACGAUAAGGUGUAACAACGUAAGAUCUUCCAUUGUUAUGCCUGUGGCUUCCCUUGUUUGUAAGGUGAAAGAAGUAGAAAGUGAUUAUGGAAAAAGAAAACCAAGUAAAGUGGUAAGGCCUGGCAUUUGUAAAGGAAGAUCAAUUUAUGUUUCUUACUAAUGUCUAAAGAACAACUUCUCUUGUCCUUUCUUGGGGGUGGGUUAUCCUUCCUGGAUGAGAACCUCUUCUUAACAAAUUUAUAAAUCAUCAGUAAUGCCUCCUUCCUAUUA